CUCCCCGCCCCGGCCCCAUACGCCUAAGUUCUCGCGAGAGGUAUAGUUCCACCCUUUUGGCUCUCUGAGCAGCACCAUGGCGGUGGGCAAGAACAAGCGCCUUACGAAAGGCGGCAAAAAGGGAGCCAAGAAGAAAGUGGUUGACCCAUUUUCUAAAAAAGACUGGUAUGACGUGAAGGCACCGGCUAUGUUCAACAUAAGAAAUAUUGGAAAAACACUAGUCACCAGAACUCAAGGAACC